UCACUUGUGUGUUGCUUUGUGCCGAAUGGAGGGUCCUUAACUCUCUCUCUCUCUCUCUCUCUCUCUCUCUCUCUCUCUCUCUCCCUUCUUUGUCAGCUCAAAACCAAAAGACCCUCUUCAAGUCAAAGUUCUGGGCUUUCUGAUCUGCAUCUUCUUUCAGUGACACUUGUCUUGGUUUUCAGUCAAAGUUUCCAUCUUUUAUCUUUGUCCUGCUGUGGUGUGGCUUUGAAGGGAAGGAAGUGCAGGUUGCAAACCGGGUGGAAUUUUCUUGUCUGAAUUUUGAUGUCACAACCACUGCUCGGUGCUGGGGAGGAGGAAGGUAGGAGUGAUGUUACUGCAUUAUCCUCCUCACUUUCUAUGGAGAGUGUGUGUCCUAACAGCUCAGAUUUGAAGGAGAGAAAUUACAUGGGAUUAUCUGAUUGCUCUUCAGUUGACAGUUCAAAAGUCUCCAAUGUAGAUGGAAGUAAAAGUAGACUAAACAUAAAAGCUACGGAACUUAGGCUAGGGAUUCCUGGAUCCCAGUCUCCUGAGAGAGACUCGGAAUUGAGGCUGGUCUCCACUCAACUCGAUGAGAAGCCCCUUUUUCCAUUACAUUCUGUAAAGGGUUCAUUGCAAAAACCAGUUGUUUCAGGAAACAAGAGAGGGUUCUCUGAAGCAAUGGAUGAGAUCACUGAGGGCAAAUAUGCCAAUACAGAGGUAAACUUGUUGCUGUCGCCAAGGCCUUCUCCAAACUUGGGAUUAAAAACUGGAUCUCUACUUGGGAAUCUUGGUACUCAGGAACCCAAAAUGAAUGAGAUAGCACCACAAAGGAUAGUACAAGAGGACCCUCAUACUGCCAAAGAAACCAGGCCAAAUCAUACUGUUACCAAUAGUGCACCUGCUACCAAGGCGCAGGUUGUGGGUUGGCCACCUAUAAGAUCAUUCAGGAAGAACUCGUUGGCCUCUGUGUCGAAGAAUGCGGAGGAAGUAGGUGGAAAAGCAGGACCUGGUGCUCUAUAUGUCAAAGUCAGCAUGGAUGGUGCUCCUUAUUUAAGGAAAGUAGAUUUGAAACAUUAUUCUGCAUACCAGGAACUUUCUUCUGCUCUUGAGAAGAUGUUCAGCUGUUUUACUAUAGGUCAAUAUGGAUCUCAUGGAGCUCUGGGCAGAGAGAUUAGUGAAAGCAGGCUGAAGGACCUCCUUCAUGGCUCAGAAUAUGUCCUAACCUACGAGGACAAAGAUGGUGACUGGAUGCUUGUGGGUGAUGUCCCAUGGGAGAUGUUUAUCGAUACCUGCAAAAGGAUGAGGAUAAUGAAAAGCUCAGAUGCCAUUGGCCUUGCUCCGAGAGCCAUGGAGAAGUGCAAGAACAUAAACUAGCCAGUAAUAUGCAGUGUGAUCUCUUCCAUGCAGCAAUCUAUAGAAUUGGAACGCAGGCAAGGCCUAGAAGGGACAUCACCGGUGUCUGCUUCCUGCUUCUACUAUGUUAUUACUACAUCUGUGAUUUUUGUUUGCCAUCUAUUCAAGUUUCUUAGCUACCUUUCUAACUCAUCAACGCUAUUAAUACUAUUGAAACUCUAAAAAACUCUAUCCUGAAGUACUAGCUAUUCCCUCGUUCAACAUGGGCAGGUGCCUGUUGUCAUACAGGAUCCUAAGACCUGAUGUCUGUAAAGUGCUAUUGUUUGUGAAACUUGUUAUGUAUGUGUGCAAGUUACGUCUUAAUCCGGUUUAA